UUCUCAGAAACCCAGCAAGUGAAUUGUCUUUUGAAAAGAUUUAGCUUGUUUGGAGUAGGACUGUAUCAUUCUUUUUUUCUUGCCCGUGAACACAAACAGGUUUCGCCUGUGUGUGUGCGUCUGUGUGUGUGUUGGCUGAGAUGUGUUUUCCUCUUCUUCCUUCCACUGGAGUGAAAGUUACAGCGUUUGUCGUCCGUCAUGACGGUCUUGCAUCGAUGAAGGGGUUUUACACAGGGAAUUAAGGGAAACUGCACUUUAGAUUGGUGUAGAUAUGGCUCAUCGUUCCCAGUGCUCCUCUGCAGGGGACAAUCCCCUGGACCCCAACUACCUGCCCCCUCAUUACCGUGAGGAAUACCGAUUGGCGAUUGAUGCCCUUGUUGAAGCUGACUUGGAGGGCUACUAUGGGUUUCUUCAGGAAGCAGAUGUGGUUGAUUUCUUAUCCCGUUCAGAGAUUGAGUAUAUCAAACACAUAGUGCAGGUUCCGCAUCGCGCCACCCAACCAGAGAGGAGAUACAUGGCUGAAGAUGUAGAUGGCUCUUCUGACACUUACUGGCCGGUACAUUCAGACCAUGAUGCUCCAAGCCUUGACUUAGGCUGGCCACAGCAAUACAGAUUUGUUGGACCCACUGAGGUCACUACAUUGGUGAACCCGUCGGUUCCUGAGAUGCCCAGUAUCAAGGAGCAAGUCCGCAGAAUGAUCAAGAAUGCACAACAAGUUAUUGCUGUGGUGAUGGAUAUGUUUACAGAUGUUGACAUUUUUGCUGAUAUCCUUGGUGCAGCGGCACGUGGUGUGGCUGUUUAUGUUCUUCUUGAUGAACUGAAUGCUCACCAUUUUGUUGCGAUGGUGAACAACUGUAGGGUCAAUCUCGAUGAAUUAAAAUUCAUGCGGGUAAGAACUGUGUCUGGUAGUACCUAUUACUGCAGAACAGGAAAGACCUUUAAAGGUCAGAUGAUGGAUCGUUUUAUUUUGGUAGACUGCAGAGCUGUUUUAAGUGGUAACUAUAGCUUCAUGUGGUCUUUUGAGAAGAUACAUCGCUGUCUUGCUCAUCUAUUUCUGGGACAGCUUGUAACCACUUUUGAUGAAGAGUUUCGGAUUCUCUAUGCCCAUUCAGAGCCACUGGUUGUUGAAAAUGUUUUGGCAAAUAUGCCACACUAUAGUGGUGAACCUGAAAGUGACUACAACACAGAAAAGACCCACAUGUUUAACAGACAAUAUCCAACUAUGGGCAUGGAAUGGGCUGGACGUACAACAGAAGAUCAUUUGAAAUUGGGUUACAAAACGUUACCCUUUAGAAGUGAAUCAAUUCACAGUGCAACAGAAGUGAAUCCCUCUGUUCCGAGGCACAUGACCCUGUCUGCUGCCCAUCAAUAUAGAGGGGACCAUCAAUUUAUAGAACAUGAAAGGCAAAUAAGAGGACCAAAUAAAACGCUUGGCUUCAAAAGACAUAGCUACGGAAAUAUACCUGACUAUGAAUACAUGCCUCCUCAAAACCAUCCAACAAUAAGAGUUAACCAGUACAUGGAGGGAGCAAUGCCACAGGGUGGCCACUUUGCAAGGGAACCACAUAUUUACCAGGGAGCUGGAUUACAAUCUGGUUAUGACAUGUAUGGAAGGUUUAGAGACCAAGGCCAACACAUCGAUCAGUUAUCAGGGCCUGUCUACCCUCAUGAGGGAGAUGAUGCUGAAACACCUGGAGCUUAUGACCAUAUUCAAAGAUACCUGCAGUCUCAAGCUGCUAUGGAGGAAGAACAUGGUCCAAGAAAUGUAUUACCACAUAUGCAGUCCAAUCUCAAGAGACAUAGCAUGGGACAUUCUUAUACAUGCCAGACCUCCCCAACACAACCAAACCCACCAGAACAUAAACGUUUCCUCAAUGUAAACCGCAAACCACAGGAUGCGAGUCAAAAGCAAGGCCUGCGGGACUGGAGGAUCAGCUCAUACCUCAGUGCAAAUGAUGAUGCAGGAGAGCUGGAUUUAGCUGAACUUGAAGGAUCCACUGCAUGUGAUGACAUUCCAUGCUUUCCACAGGAAGCUCUUUGUGGCCCCAUACGUGCUGAAAUUAGACCAGGAAAUAGAGAGUUUAAUAGGAUACCUUCACCUAGGGAAAAACCCACGUUUGUUCAAAUUCAAAAUGAUUCUAUUGUGCCUGACAGUUUAGUUAAUCCUCCAUCCGAUUUAUCACAGAUAAAUAUCAAAACAACACCAGCAUCAACUUCAGAGUCUUCUUGCACCACUGAGGGUGACAAAGCAGAGGAGACGCAGAAAAGAGAACCUAAAGAGACUAACCGGAUAAAUGAAGAGUUCCUCAAAAGGAAACCCAACCGACCUGUCCAGAGGAGUUCCAGACUAAGACACUCACUGAUAUUCAGUUCAAAUCUGGAGCUGCAUACAUCAGAAGAGAUGAAAGAUACUGCUGGAGAAAAAGAUGGGGAUGAAGCUUCAAAACUUUCAGCUCGUGUGACACAAAUGUUAGAUAAAAGGAGGACUGGUUCUCCAUUUCAACCAUUUCAGUGGAGCAAUUUUGUAAAGUCAGCCACAUUUGAUAACUCCACCUCAGAGUCUGCACAACCUCUGAACAAAAUGGUUGAAAAUUCUGAUGUAGAUAAGGUUGAAACCUGCCAAAAUAUUCAAAAGAAUUCAUUAAAGGGUAAUCUGCAAGAAAAAGGGCUGCCUCAAACAGUUCCUGAAAAAAAUAGCCAAAGGGAUGGAUGUCCAUCUAAUUUAUUGCAAAAGCAAUCUUCUUUCAUAGAUAUGAAUGACCCUGACUAUAGACUGAGGUAUUUCAAAGAGUUAGCAGCCAAACGCAAACUUGCAGCAGCAAAGGCUUCUCAGAGCAAUCCGAUGAAAGCCACCCAGAAGUUUAAUCUACCAGAGAAACCUUUAGCUACCGAUGCAGAUAAAAAAGAGCCUGUCUUCAAAACCCCAGAAACUUCACUCAAGUCAAAAAAUACCCCUGCCGCAGUAACAGAGAUCAAAGAAACUUAUAAAGACAUCAGAUGUGAUGAAUCGAGUAAAGACAUCCUACAUAGAGCCACUGAUGCUGAAAAAAUUAGAUUUAAGAAAAAACUUGCAGAAGAGUCUGGCUCAACUUUAAAAAAUUUCAAGGGAGACAUUGAUCAAGCUCUAAAAUCUGUUGAAGGGGCAAGAACAGUAACUAACCAGACACCCCCCAUUUUAAAGAUUGUUUCACAAAAGCCUCUCUGUGUCUUAGAAAAUCAAGUAGAGUCUGUUGCAUUAGAUACUAUCUCAAAAGAAUCUGGUCUCACCCAAUAUCAUAUUCCUAAAGAAACAGAUCCCUCCCAUGCCUUUCUGACUGAGAGUUGUCUGCCUGUAAAGUUACCACAGACAAAGUGUGUGUCACCACUAAGCACCACUCCAAAUGAGGGAAGUCUAUCUGCAAAAGACUCCCAAAUUCUUGCACAGAGCCUACCCAAAAUUUCUAGCACAUGUCCUGAUACUUUGCCUCUUGAUUCUAAUUCAGUAGCAAACCUCGCAAUUGUAGAUACUGGUGUAGCUUCAAAAAAUGACCACAAAGACAUAGUUCCCUCCCCAGCAGUUUCUACAACUGGAAUUAGUUCUACCGAACACCCCAUUGCAAUGAAGGCAGACUCUUCUCAACACCUUAAGGAAACUGGUGCAGAUUUUUCUAGACACUUCACCGCAGUAGGGUCUGAACCAUCUACAGCAGAAAAUGUGCAUUCCCAACACUACUCUGCAACAGAGGAAAACUCUUCUCAACAGCAUACUCCAAUGGAAGCAGACUCUUCCAUACCACCCACUACCACAGAAUGUGAAUCUUUACAAAAUGUUUCUUCAACAGAGGCAGACUAUUGCAAACGAUCCAGUGGAGCAGAAAGCGAAGACUCUGAAAAACACACUGCAGUGCAGAUAGGCCCUACUACAGCAAGAAAUAAAUCAUCCCAACAGUACUCUGCAGUAUCCUCAGACUUUUCCAAACAUCCCCGAGAAGUGGGGGCAGACACUUCAGAACACCACACUGCGGCAGAGAAGAACUAUUCUCAGAUGUCUGCUGCAUCUGUGGAAGACUCUAUGCAAAACCGUGUGGCAAAAGAAAGUAAACAUUCCCUUAAACCUACUGCUUCAGGUACACAACACUGCAUGCAGCUAAAUGAUUCUGCUGCAACCUCUUCAAAACAUUCCAGUGCAAUGGAGAUUGACUCCUCCCAGCUGCCCACUGUGACAGCCACAGAUUCUUGUCAGCAACCCAUUGCAAAGGAGAUAGACUCUUCUCAAAAGCCUAUCGGAAUGGAGAGAGACAGUUCUCAGCAGUCCACUGCAUCAAUGGUAGACACCAUCAAAGAGUUUAGUGCAUCAGAGGCAGACACUCCCCAGUACCACACUUCAACAAAAAGUGACCUUUCCACAGAACCUUUCAAACAGUUACCAUUAUUGGGAGCAGGCGCUUCUCAACAGCCCAUUGCCACAACCACAGCUUCUACCCAGCAGUCAACUAUAACAAUCUCAGACUCUUCCCAGCAGCACACAGCAACAGUCACAGACUCCUCCCCAGAGCCCACUUUAAAAGUCACAGACUCUUCCCAGCAGCCCACUGUAACAGAGAUAGGCUCUUCCAGGAAGCCGUCUGCAGCAGACAAAAACUGCUCCCAGAAGUCCACUUCAAUAGGCACAGACUCUUCAGACAAAGACUCUUCUCAGCAGCCUUUUGUAACGGUCACAGACUCUUCAGACCCAGACUGUUCCCAGCAGCCUACUGCAAUAGUCAUAGACUCUUCAGACACAGACUCUUCUCAGCAGCCUACUGCAAUAGUCAUAGACUCUUCAGACACAGACUCUUCUCAGCAGCCUACUGCAAUAGUCAUAGACUCUUCAGACACAGACUCUUCUCAGCAGCCUUUUGUAACGGUCACAGACUCUUCAGACACAGACUGUUCCCAGCAGCCUACUGCAACAGUCACAGACUCUUCAGACACAGACUCUUCUCAGCAGCCCAUUGUAACAGUCACAGACUCUUCAGACACAGACUGUUCCCAGCAGCCCACUGCAACAGUCACAGACUCUUCCCAGCAGCCAGCUGCAACAGAGACAUGUUCUUCCAAAAAGCUGGCUCCAGUAGACAAAGACUCCUCCCAGAAGUCCACUUCAACAGGCACAAACUCUUCAGACACAGACUGUUGCAAGCAGCCCACUGCAACAGUCACAGACUCUUCAGACACAGACUCUUUCCAGCAGCCCACCUCAGCAGUCACAAACUCUUCAGACACAGACUCUUCCCAGCAGCCCACUGCAGCAAAGAUAGACUCUUCCAGAGAGACAACUGCAGCAGACACAGACUCUUCAGGCACAGACUCUUCCCAGCAGCCCGCUCCAACAGAGAUAGGCUCUUCCAAGAUGUCAGCUGCAGCAGACAAAGACUCCUCCCAGCAGCCCACUGGACCAGUCAAAGACUCUUCAGACACAGACUCUUUCCAGCAGGCCACUAUAACAGUCACAGACUCUACAGGCACAGACUCAUCUCAGCUACCCACUGCAAUAGUCACAGACUCUUCAGACACAGACUCUUCCCAGCAGCCCAUUGGACCAGUCACAGACUCUUCAGGCACAGACUCUUUCCAGCAGGCCACUAUAACAGUCACAGACUCUUCAGGCACUGACUCAUCUCAGCUACCUACUGCAACAGUCACAGACUCUUCAGACACAGACUCUUUCCAGCAGCCCACUGCAACAGAGGUAGACUCUUCCCAAGAGUCCACUGCAAAAGACACAAACUCUUUCCAGCAGCCCAUUGCAACAGAGGUAGACUCUUCCCAAGAGUCCACUGCAAAAGACACAAACUCCUCCCAGAUGUCCACUGCAGCAGAAACAGAUUCUCUCCCUGAAGCCACUUCAACAGUCACAGACUCUUCCCAGCAGCCCUCAGCAACAGAGACAGAUUAUUCCCCUGAGGCCACUAUAACAGUCCCAGACUCUUCAGGCACAGACUCAUCUCAGCUACCCACUGCAACAGUCACAGACUCAUUCCAGCAGCCCACUGCAGCAUACACAUACUCUUCCCAGAAGUUGACUUCAGCAGGCACAGACUCUUCCCAGCAGCCCUCUGCAACAGAGGUAGACUCUUCCCAAAAGUCCACUGCAAAAGACACAAACUCUUUCCAGCAGCCCAUUGCAACAGAGGUAGACUCUUCCCAAGAGUCCACUGAAAAAGACACAAACUCCUCCCAGAUGUCCACUGCAGCAGAAACAGAUUCUGCCCCUGAGGCCACUUCAACAGUCACAUACUCUUCCCAGCAGCCCUCUGCAACAGAGACAGAUUAUUCCUCUGAGCCCACAGCAACAGUCACAGACUCUUCUCAGCAUUCUACUGUAAAAGACACAGACUCUUCAAACACAGACUCUUCCCAGCAGCCCACUGCAGCAGACACAAACUCCUCCCAGAACUCCACUUCAGCAGGCACAGACUCUUCCCAUCAGCCCACUGCAACAGAAGUAGACUAUUCCCAAGAUUCAACUGCAAAAGACACAGACUCUUCCCAGCAGCCCAUUGCAACAGAGGUAGACUCUUCUCCAGAGCCUACUGCAGCAGACACAGACUCCUCCCAGAUAUCCACUGCAGCAGAAACAGAUUCUGCCCCUGAGGCCACUGCAGCAGUCACAGACUCUUCUCAGCAUUCCACUAUAACAGACACAGACUCUUCACAACAACCCACUGUCAGAGUCACAGACUCUUCAGACACAGACUCUUCCCAGCAGCCUGCUGCAACAACCACAGACUGCUUCCAGCAGUCUUUUGCAACAGAGACAGACUCCUCCCAGCAGCCCGCUGCAAAAGAGACAGACUAUUCCCAGACACACACUGUAACAGCCACAGACUCUUUUCAGCUUUUCAUUCCAACAGAGACUGACUUGUCCCAGCAGAUCACUAUAACAGAAAGUGAAUUUUCUCCAAAUCCCACCAAAAUGGAGACCGAUACUUCCAAACAUCUUAUUAAAACAGAAAAUGAAUCCCUUCAAGACAUAUCUGCAACAAAAUUGGACUGUGUAAAUGCGAAAAAAGAUAACUUAUCCGAAGCCUUUAGCAAACUAAUACCUGUUCUAGAGGCUAACAUUACUCAAAAAGACAAUAGCAUAUGUCAAAAUGCUGUCAUCACGGACUUAAGUUCCCCAGCUGAACAUUCCCAAUCUGAUACCAUUACACUUUGUAAUAGCCAAGUGGAACUAAACCAAACAAAAGCAUGUGUAAUUCAUACAGUAAAAGACACAGACAAUGGUGAUUCAACUAGUCUUGAUUCAAUGGAGCUGAGCUCAACUCAGACUCAAGGUUCACCAGAACCUUGCCUGUCCUCUGAUGAAAUCAACUCAACUCAGGGAAUACCACAAUUACAGUCUAGCUUAUCAUCAAAGCCUGAGAAAACAGAUGAGUUCCAGAAAUCUGACACCAUUACACCGCAAACUCAUGAUACUUCAGCAAUAGACACUCACAGGGUUGAUAAAAUUAAACAAACAGCACCAGAGGUAGAGAACACUGUGACAAAAAUUGCAGAGGUGUCAGAAAAAUCAGAUUUGACUGUUCACAGUAAUUUAGAAAACCAGUCUUUUGUUGCGGAGAAUGCAAAAUCGAUUAAGUCUGCCCAUCAGACAUCUACUGCAAAUGUUAUCUCGUGCAGCAACCUUAGAGAUGACACUAAAGUUCUUCUAGAGCAAAUUUCAGCAAAGAACCAAAGCAGAUCUUCCCUGUCCAAGCAGACUCUAACUGCACCCAAUGAAGCCAAAAAGCCUGUGGUUAGCUCUGCAGAUAAAUUGUUAUCAAGUUGUUCAGGAAGGCCCUGGUCCUCCAAGACUACAACAGAAGAGCGGGAGAUGUUACUACAAAAGAUGGCGCAAAUGCGUAAAGAAAGGAAGGUCUACAGCCGUUUUGAAGCCUCAUGAAUUAACCCAUUGGAAGAGGGGCUCGACUGAUGAACCAUAAGAGGGAUUUUGAUAGAUAUUUCCUUUCUUAAAGUCUUCCUGUACCUCAUAACUGUGAACCUGCACAAACUUGGAUUGAAGUGUUUUAUAACUUCUGAUUAUACCAAAGAGUACUGCCUAUAUUGAGAGUGGAAAUCCCUGCAGGGCUUAACAAGCUAUGCAGAUGAUCUGCGUGACAAGAACUUUACCAUCUGGAAUUAGCUUUUGAUAGGGCAGGCAUUUCUUAGUGUGUAUAUAAAUAAUAUAGCUGUGAAACACAUUUCUAAAUCUGUUGUAGUUAUUGAGAGUUAUAUAUAUAUAUAUAUAGAAAUUAUGAUCUGUUACAAAUACUGUAAACAGAGAGUUGUUUUUUACCUAACAAAAACAAGGAGUGCACUGAAAAUGGAGCUGCCAGAGACAGAGCAUGUGAGCCAUGUGGAGUGGGGAAGGAGUUGCAUGAUGUUGCCAGGAGCAAGGAGCAGGUUUUCUGAACGUCUCUAACAUUGUUCUAAUACUGCUCCAACAUGUUGACAGGGUCAGACUAUUGUUCGUGUUUGCAAUACAUGCAAGUUUUUGUUGUUGUUGUUGUUUUUUAAUAUAUGUAUUUUGUGCCCAGAUUUUUUUCAUUUAUAUUAAAAACCAACACUGAAAGAACUUCAGUUGAUCAGUAACUGGGUACACAUAUUGUUAUGUAGUGAACUUGAAGCAGUGAGCAGCAGGAAACUGAAAACAUGGAACAAAGUGGAGCUGGAGCAAAAUGAUCACAUGAUGCUUUGAGGAGAGAAAAGGGCAAUUUUUCUAGAUAUUUGUUCUGGCGAGAGAAUAGAAAAGGACAUUCCACUAGAUGAUUAAUUAAAGUGUUUACUAGUCCACCCGUUGAUUGUGUAAACCAAAGAUAUGCCACUGUAAAAUACAUUCAGUUGGUCUAUGUUGAUGCACAAUGGAAACUCCUAAAGCAUGUUUUUGAGUCCAGGUAUUAAUGAGAGGAUUACAUGCAGCAUCUUUUAAUAAAAGGAGUUUCUUAGUAUACCAAAUCGAUAAAAAAUGUCCACUAUUAUGAAUUUGGAAUGAAAUAUUGAUUUAUUUAAAUUGUGAAAUCUGUUUGUCAACCUUUGUCAGAGUAUUAAAACUUGCAUCUGUUUCUGAUGGAGGUUCUCAUAAGAUACAUGUGAAGUAGUAAUGUCUGUUACAUGUUCCCACCUGUUCCAAAAGUUGUAAGUUUGAAUUCUGUUUAGAACAAAAUGAGUAAUACUACACUGAUAUAAAUUAAAAUUAAACUAGAGCAUGUUCUUCCAAUAUUAAUAUCUCAGUCAAACGUAUUAUGUGCUUUGGUCAGAAAAGUUGUGAAACAAAAUGAUUAGUGGGAAAGAAUUCAUCACACAGAAAAAAAAUGUGUUUAUUAGUCUUUUGAUGAAAGAAUAGUUUACACAAUCUCAGUUUUUUUUUCCAAUCUGUAAUCAUUGCCCUUUGGUACAUUAUGGGUGUUCGGAACAAAUUGAUAGCUGACUCAAAAAUAAAAAUUCUGUUAGC